AUGGAGGAGGAGCUGUGCUAUUCACAGCAGCAGCCAAGGCACAGCUUGGCCGAGCUGGAUGGGCAGUACCGGGAGAUGUUCAGCCAAUGGGAGCACUCAAAAGAGGCCCAGGCCCAGCUGACGGACGAGCUGCAAGCCAAUCAGAGUCAGCUGAGAGAGAGCCAGGCCAAAGCAGACUCAUUCUCACCCAGACCGGAGCACCUCAGCCUUCUGUCUGACAACCAGCAGCUGCAGAAGCGCUGCUCUGACCAAGUGCAACAUCUGGCGGAGGCUGAGAGAGCUAUCCUUCAGAUAAGGACUAAGCUGGAGACACAGUCGAAGGAGAAAGCCGAGGUGGAGCGAGGUCUGGUCGAGGCCCACCACAACCACCUGACCACUUGCAGACAGCAGGAACAGGAAGUGACCAAGCUUGAAAAGGAAGUGACACGCUUGAAGCUGGAGCUCACUGACAGCCAGAGAAACAGGGCCCACCAGGAGCAGAUGUUGGAGGAGCUCCAGCGGGUGUCGGCGGAGCCGCUGAGGGCGGCCCGGCAGGAGGCAGAGCGGCUGGGCCUGGAGGCCGAGGCGGGCCGGGCGGAGGUCCAGAGGCUCCAGGAGGCCCUGCAGAGGGGGGAGGGCGCAGCCCAGGAGAGCCAGGGACUGAGGGCCCGCGCCAGGCAGCUGACCAAGGAGCUGGAGGAGCUGCGAGGCCAGCACCGACAGACAGUUGAGGAGUUGUCUGUCCGUGCCGAGGAGGAGGCGCGGAGAACGGGGCGCCGCCGGAGCGAGGGAAGAUGGAGGAGGAGAGGAGAAGGUCAGAAGUGGACAGACUGCAGAGGGAGCUGGUAGCGGUAUCAGAUGCUCUCCAGCAGGCAGUGGGAAUGAGACUCAAAGCCCAGAGAGAGAGACAGGACGUCCUGGACCAGGGGGACGCCCUGCGUCUGGAGCUGGAGGUGGCGCGCUCCGACAACGCACGGCUCCGCCUCGAGAGCCAGCUGCUGCUGGCCAACGCCAACCGAUGGAUGAGCGAGCACAGGUCCUCUAACGACAGCCUCAGCACCCAGAUGAAGGACCAGCACAAGAUGCUCGUCACCCUCACCCAGGAGAAGGAGUGAGUCGCUCUGUUGUGAGCACAUUUCAUUAUGUGUGAGUGUGUGUGUGAGUGUGUGUGUGUGUCU